CGGCGAGAUGAAGCUGAAGCAGCUCGAGGGCCUCCUGGGAGGCCUGACCCAGUUCGCCGACCCCAAGGUGGAGCUGGAGCAGUACGCGACGGGCCCCCACAUAGCGUCACGGAUGCUCUACACGGCUGAGAACAGUUUCGAUGACAUCUCUGGCAAAGUGGUAGCUGACUUUGGGUGUGGCUGUGGUACCCUGGCUAUCGCGAGUGCUCUGCUGGAUGCUGAGCAUGUGACUGGUAUUGAUAUUGACCUGCAGUCCCUUGAACUUGCUCAAGAAAAUGCUACUGAUCUGGAGCUGGAUAUCGACUUAAUUCAGUGUGACAUAAAGAACUUAAAUUUAACAGGCCUUCUUGUUGAUACUGUUGUCAUGAACCCUCCCUUUGGGACAAAAAGAAAAGGAGCUGACAUGGAUUUCCUUUCUAUGGGCUUGAAGGUUGCCUCUCAAGCUGUCUAUUCUCUACACAAGACUUCCACGAGAGAAUACAUCAAGAAGGCAGCCAUCCGUAAUUGCAAUGCCAUCAGUGCUGAAGUUCUGUGUGAGCUGCGCUAUGCUCUACCGCAGACCUACAAGUUCCACAAUAAAAAGGAGGUCGACGUUGCAGUUGAUCUGUGGCGCUUCGUUCCACGAGCUCGAGACGAAAGAGCAAGCUAGCACAAUGCGGCCACACAAGAAGGCCUGGACAAUGACACUUCCCGAACCACCGUCUGAUGGCUGGAAUUGCUAGAGGAAGAAAAAUACAUGGGCAUUCACACAUUUUCCUCCCCUUGUAAGCGUCAAACCCCAAUAGUUUAGCUACUUUAGCCAUCCGUCAGCUUUGCGUGGAGCAGUGUGUACAAUGUGCAGCAUCUCUUCAUUUUGAUCUCGUUUUUGUUGUGCUGGGGACAAAAUCAGCGUCUUCGCAGAAAAUUCGUAGUUAAAACCUGUGGCCUCAGCAAGGCCCCUGGGAACUGAUAUAGUAGCCGAAGCUCCAGUACUGAACACCAUGCACACCAUUAUUAUUGAGAUGAACACAGUUAAGAGAGUAUGCUCGCAAGAUUUGUCCAGAAACCUACAUGUCUUGAUGGCACAGAAAAUUGUUGACUGAAGCAAGUUAUAGACAUACAUACACCAUUGUUUUCCUCA